ACGCCAUUUUUGUUGGGGAGCAGUCGUGUUCAGAAAAUCAGGAUUAGGUCCAAAGCAGUUACAUUUGACGUGAUCUCGUUUGAUCAGCCCUUCGAGUUGUCCUCGAGUUGGACAGCUUGUUGUCCGCCACACUCAGACAAUGUCGUCGGAAAACCUUGACUCGGACACGCAGGUGGACUACGAGGACGAAAAACAGGACUCGCAGGAAAAGAACGCAAACCCAGUGAAGGCAGAGGAGGCCAAGCUGAAAGCGAAGUACCCCGGCCUGGGCCAAAAGCCUGGAGGCUCAGACUUCCUGAUGAAGAGACUACAGAAAGGGCAAAAGUAUUUUGACUCGGGAGACUACAACAUGGCCAAGGCCAAGAUGAAGAACAAGCAGCUACCUGUGGCAGGACCUGACAAGAAUCUGGUGACUGGUGACCACAUCCCCACACCGCAGGACAUACCGCAGAGGAAGUCGUCCUUGGUGACCACCAGCAAACUAGCUGGCUAGCCUUCGUCAUCCCAGGAGCGCCCUCGACUCCCCUCCUCCCUGGGAUCCCAGGAAAAUGCCCCUCUUCCAUCUCAACUGUUCCCAAUAUGUCCACUCCUUCCCUCCUUUUGCUUCUUUUUUUUCAUCCCCAGGCACCACUGGCUUUAACAUAUCGGGCAGAGUUGUAUAAGUUAAAACUCCCAUUUGCUUGUAUGUAGGCGGGGUGGGAGGAAUGGAGGUUUGGGGUGGCCACAAGGCUGCAGCCCUCUCUGCCUUUUCACCUCGUACAUCUCCAUGUCCUCUGCACACGGCUCUACCGCCUCCCUUAGAUCUUGGUUUUCUUCAUUCCAAGAUGCGUUACAGUAGGUGUGUGUCAUGAGGCAGGUUGGAUGGGGUGAGUUAUUGCACUUUGUAUUCUGUAUAGUAUGUUUAGUUCUUUUUUGCAUCCUAAGUGACACCAAAAUAUGUGUAAGGGAGUUAGGAACCAUGACUGCAACUACGGUUUGUUUUUUUUUCCUGUUCCAGUGGUUUGCUUCGGCAGGAGGUGUUGAAGCUGUAUGUGAAUAAUCACUUGCGUACCAAAUCUGUGAGGGGGAGCUGUUUAGUUGGACACUGUUUUGUUUUUUUACUGACUCCCUGUUGGCAAACGAGUGGAGUGUACUUUUCAUCUCGCCCUUCAGUAACUUUUCAUCAAAAUGUAACCGUGGGUCAACCGCUGCGGCUUAGGCAAAUGGGGGAUUUAGAUCUUUUUAUUUCACUUUUGCUCUUUUUGUCUUUAAAUAUGCUGCAUGGUUGUAACUUUUAACAAAAAGAGGCUAAACAUAGUUUUUCAAAACGGCUGUGGAACAUCGGAUUAGCGAUUCAGAGGAAUUAAAAACAAACACACAAAUUGCUGUAACGUCCACAGUCGUAUUUCCUCUCUGUGCAUUUUGCCGUCCUGACAAUCCAUUUACGCACGCACGCACACGUUCGCAGCCCAAAGCAAGAACCGGCUGAUUUAGUUACCCUUGUAUUUCUUUAUAUUUAAGACUGGGAUCUCUAGUACUUGUUGAGUUCGGUCUUAGUUGAGCGGCAGUUGCGUUGCAUCAAGAUGUGUGUUUACUAUGAGCCUAUAAGAUUAAUGGGGGGAUAGGAGCGCCCCUUGCAGAGUAUAUGCGAUACUCUCACAAGCACGUAGUUGGUGACGAGCCCGGCGCUUCGAGGACGAGCCCGGAUAGCACCCCUUUGAGAACUGGCAGUGUAAAAAUCGUCUUUUCUGGGAUUUUAGAUUAUUUACGAACUGAGCUAAGUUCUGCACAUCAGGACCAGAGGGUGUGGAUUCAACUCUGUUUUCAGAUUAGACUCUUGCAGCUUCAUAUUCGAGCGGCAGGUUGACGGCAACAGCUCAUACACCGUUUGCUGGAAUGAGCAGAAAAUUCUAAUCUGCCUUCGUUUUCUGCACACGAUUUUACGUCUUUAAUUGCUUUAAAGUAAUUAACGUUCAAACACUAAAUUAAUUGCGUUUGACGUCCUGCAAAUGCCCCCGAACUGACGCUUGACCAACCUCAGGGGUGUUUGUAUGUAGACGGCAGGCAGUCUAAUAAGAGCAGCGCAGGCUUUACGUGGAACGCUCCACGUCUGCAAGAGCACAGCGACAGGUUUUAUUGCACAUCGUGACGGGGCAAAGUAUGUGCUCAUUAAGCCCCACUUGUGAGUCAACCUGUGAAGACGGGGCAGAGCGAUCACACCAUCCCCAGACUUUGAAUGUUCACCUUUCACACACUUUAAGGAUCUGAACUGGACGCUUGCACUCGCUCCUUUGGAAUACGUGUAGAUUACUGCUUCAGGGAACCUUCACAGACUUGCACUCCACCACGUAGGGUAAACGAUAGGACAUUUCACACAACUACAUGUGCAACCUCACUUGAAAACGUGUCAAAUUUGCAGCGAGUGAAAGAAAAGUGACGUGUGCAUAAGACCUUGUUAUGGUGCUGUAUGAAUGUGAUGCUUUCCUCUAGACGGUUGUAAAUAGACGACAGGAUAUCAUUUUUUUUUUUUUUUACGUUUCCCUUCUGCUUUUCAGUCUUUUGUAGCCUGAGCUGUUAUCUGACUCUGUGGUUCCUUUCUCCUCACAGUUUAACGCUAUUUCUGCUCUAUCUUGGUGUAUUGCAGAGGCUUUGUGAAUCUGUAUUAUAGAAAAAUGUGUGUAAAUGCUGCUGGUUCAAAGACAAAUCUGAGACGAUGCCCUGUAACCAACUCCUGUCCUCUUCCUUUUAGAUGUCUGGUUCGCUCCUUUUAAAUUGACCACGCGAGUCCGUUUUUAAUGAAUAACGCCGUUCAAUUACAUUUUAAGACGUCGCUGAAUUUAGUCCAGUUUCUGUGGUGUGAUUCUGAAAUGCAUUUUAUCUGGAAAUCAAUAAGAACAAACAUUUUAGGCAUCGUUUGGUUUAAUUUUCUUUUUUUUUCCCCUGUUAGAUUUGGUCAAAGAAAUCGAUCUGAAUACACGAAACACUAGGCAGGGGUUCUUCAUUGCUACUUGACAUUUAGCUUCGCACGGAGCAGUUCAACAAUAAGAAAUGGACAGGGCAUGUUUUAAACCCCCACAGACAGGGUGUGUCAUUCAGCCACGCUAAAUACGUGCCAGAAUGUAUAAAAAAAAU